ACCGGACCGGUAGUGACGCCGGCAAAAGUUAACUUGGACAGGUAUUGUUGCGCUUUGGCAUUACAAUGGCAUCGGUGUCCACAAUGGUUGCUGGUUACCCACCCGGCUAUAUAAGGACUGCGGCUUCACGUAGAGUACCCUCAGUCUUCCGCCAUGCAGGUCAUCGACACGAGUGCCGUUUCUGCCGUCGUUUCGUUCCUCACUGACGACCUUGCUCCCCUUUGCUCGUCUCUGGUCGUCGACAAGCUGCGAUGCUUGCUUAAAAAAUCUCUGCAGCGAGUACGGUCUCUUUCACUGUCGCCAUAUAGGCCCCCUCCACGACCCGUUCACGAUGCCUGCAUGUCCACUGGCCUGCCCUGGCCUUACUGGAUCCUUCUGCUCGGGAACCAGGAUAUCCACAUAACCAUCACGCCUCUUCAUGUCCAGGCCCAGAUUGCAGCUCGUACAGUUGCUCUCUGGGAUGCUGAUGCUGACCUGCAUGCAUCGAACGUCCGUUUCAUCGCUGGGAAACAGAUUGUUCAUCCACGCACUUUGGUGCCUAUGCCCAUACGCGUACCCACUCCUCCUGACCUCGCCCCAGUCGACAGCGACUCGGACUCGGAUACAGAAUCCACGUCAUCUUAUUUUUCUGACGUAUCACUGUCCUCUGUGACAAGUGUAUCAUCCGCAGCCUCGCAGUCAACGCCUUACCCCCGCCGUCCCAAACGACUUCAUAUCCGGGAGUUUUGUUACGGAAGGCGUCAGGCUCGCUGCACCAUUCACCGCCAAAAAGGCUUGGCUAGGAGGAUUGUCGGGGUUUGAAGAAAAGGACUUUGGACAUUUUUACUGAUAGAAGGACUCAGGACUCUCAUUCAUUAUCACGGACUUUCACAGGACUUUUUUCGUAUUUGACAUCAUGACCUUUUGUAGCCAUAUUACUCUUCCAGAACUCUACUCGAUUUAAUAACGCUUGUAUCCACAUUUUCUUCGUCCUCGAGACCUUACGUAGUUUGCGUUUCAUUUAUAGGCUCCAUUUUUUGGACUUCAAUUCAUAGAGGUAGCACGAGGAGAAAGAGAAUUCUCUCCUUUGGACAUGGAUACAUAAUUCACGCUCGAUAUCAGACUUGCCAGAAUAUCAUGUUUAUCUUCAUUUGGACCAAAGA